AUGUUGCGGCAGGAGGAGAGUGCCUCGAAGGAGGCUCUGCAUUUCGCCGAGGUCUCCGCCGGCGGCGCCUUGUUCCGGGAGUUGGCAGGAGAUGGGCUGCUGAAGGAUGAGAAGCUGAUUGAGGAUGCGGCAGCAGCCUUGAGCGCGGCAUCGAAGAAGGUUGCUCCGUAUAUUCGCGGCAACAUGCGCAAGUUAGAAAGCGUUGCAGCGAGUGACGCAAGUGCUCGAGUCGCAGAGAGUCUCUCCUCCGAAGGAGGAAGGAGCCUCUUCUUCCACUGGCCAGCGCCCGAGCCGCGGCCUGCAGGUGUGACUGGAGCUCCGGUGAGAAGCCAAAGAGGCAGGAUCAGUGAGCGAGUGCAGGGUGCUCUGCGUGCUCACGCAGAAGGCGGCACGGCCUCAUUUGUGGCACCUGCCUCUGCAUCUGGGCCCAUCGCCCCACUUGUGACGCCGCCAGUACUGCGUGCUCACGCAGAAGGCGGCACGGCCCCAUUUGUGUCACCUGCCUCUCCAUCUGGUCCGAUCUCCCCAGUGAUGACGCCGCCAGUACUGCGUGCUCACGCGGAAGGCGGCACGGCCCCAUUUGUGCCAUCUGCCUCUCCAUCUGGGCCGAUCUCCCUGGUGAUGACGCCGCCAAGAUCCAUAUCGGCAGUUGUGUCGCAGCUGCAGCAGGCAAAGGAGGUGGUUGCCUCGCUGGACACGUGUGGCGACUCCACUGUAAUGGAGAGAUGGAUGCGGCAUUUGGAUGAGUCACGUCAUCCCAUGAAAGAGGCUGAGAAGAUCAUGAUGAUGCUUCGAGCUUUGGUGAGACAGGGCUUUUGCUCAAGCACAGCUGACCAGCAGGCGCUUGUACAGAAGCGAAUGCAAGUCCGCGAAGCGCCGGCGCAGGAUGGCGCGGGUCAGUGGACAGCCCUACAGACCUCAUCUCCGCAUGGAUCGAUUUCCCGCGGAAUCCUCGCAACGGCACCCACGGUGGUGCGCGCCAGCAGACCCGCGGACCUGGACAAGGCAGAGGCUUCACAAAGCCCCAGGAGCCUGAACGGGGUGACCAAAUCUCACGAGGCGGACGUCGACAUGCUGCACUUGUUGCGGAACCUCAAGGUGGGAGACGCUUAG